UCCACAACAUCCAGCAAGGAGGAGGUGGCAAAGCACUCUAUCAAUUCUGAAGUUGGUUCGGUAUGAAGAAAUAUUCCCUAUUAAAACCAACCGGAAGAAAAUGAAAUGUUUAGAAAUGGCCACACCAUAAAUGACUACCGUCUCGUGGAGCUUAAAGUCUGAGAAACUUAAUUUCAUUCUCGCGUUUAUUUUUCCGUUCCUUGUGACGACAGAGGACUUGUAUUAGAUUGCGUGGUGGGCCGUAACUACGGGUUAUAAGUAUGCAUUUUUUUAUGAAAUCGCUACCGCUGAACUUCAAGAAGAUGCUGCUAGUCUGUUGAGAUCCAUUUAUUAAACCGGUUGUUACAUAGUCUAAGAAUGACCGUGUGUGUAUUGGGGCAGUAACGUUAAUCAUCCCAAGACCACCCUUGUGAAUUUGGUUGAGAAUGAUCAAAUGUAGCCAACGUGUUAUGUGAACUGUUUAAUUUACAAUAAUAAUAAUGCGCGAUUGAUGUUUCAGCUCAUGAGUAAAUGCGGGUAUUGAAUUGUAGUUUAUUAUUAUUGAGUUUAUUUCAAGAAUCGUCUGUCUACUUGUCUAGCGGCUAAAUGGACACAGUGGCGCGAGCAAGCUGCCCUAUUACAGCCUGAUAGACACUUGGACGUUAUUGGGGAUUUUGGAUUAUUCUUCUUUCUUUGUGGGAGUUGCUGGAAAGGCCACUCAUACUAAACUCACAGAAGAUGUCGUCGUUCUUCAAUUUUCGUAAAAUCUUCAAGUUGGGGUCUGAUAAGAAGAAGAAACAGUAUGAGCACGUACACAGAGACGAGAACCCGGAGGAAAUCUGGGAGAUUAUUGGGGAACUGGGAGAUGGGGCCUUUGGGAAAGUAUACAAGGCCCAGAACAAGCAGACUGGGACCCUGGCUGCUGCCAAGGUGAUCGAUACCAAGACAGAGGAGGAGUUGGAGGAUUACAUGGUGGAGAUAGACAUUCUGGCCUCCUGUGAUCACCGUUACAUAGUCAAACUGCUGGAUGCCUUCUAUUAUGAAAGCAAACUGUGGAUUCUGAUUGAGUUCUGUGCGGGAGGUGCUGUCGAUGCAGUCAUGUUGGAGCUUGAGAGGCCUCUGACAGAGCCCCAGAUCCGGGUGGUGUGUAGGCAGACGUUGGAGGCCCUGGCCUACCUUCAUGAGAUCAAGGUCAUCCACAGAGACCUGAAGGCUGGGAACAUCCUUUUCUCACAAGAGGGAGACAUCAAAUUGGCUGACUUUGGCGUGUCCGCUAAGAAUACCAUGACGCUGCAGAGAAGAGAUUCUUUCAUUGGUACUCCAUAUUGGAUGGCUCCAGAGGUGGUGAUGUGUGAGACAUCUAAGGACCGUCCGUACGACUACAAGGCUGACAUCUGGUCCCUGGGGGUCACCCUGAUUGAGCUGGCACAGAUAGAACCUCCUAACCACGAGAUGAACCCCAUGAGAGUCCUGCUGAGAAUAGCCAAGGCUGAUCCGCCCACACUCAUGCAGCCUUCACGCUGGUCACCAGAGUUCAAUGACUUUCUGAGGAAGGCACUGGAUAAGAAUGUGGACCGUAGGUGGUGCACAGCCCAGCUCUUGCAGCAUCCCUUUGUUAGCAGUGUAGUUGACAACAAACCCCUGAGAGAGCUGAUUGCUGAGGCCAAUGCUGACGUCUUAGAGGAGAUAGAAGAAGGCAAAGAGGAAGAUGAAGAAGAAGAGACGGAUGCAACUCUGGUGGUGCCCGGACAUAAGCGAGCGCCAUCAGACACCAGCAUGGCCAGCUCUGAGGAUGAGAAGCUCUCUGAGACCACCUCUACACUGGACUCAGUCACAGAGAAGACAGAGCCUGAGACUGCAGAGGACAAGGCCAGUGAUAAGCUGUCUGACGAGGGCCUUGGGACCAGCGUGGGCGACAGGGCAGAGGGUGAGAAACUGAACGAGGUGUCUGAUGCCAGUAAUGAGGACUUAGUCAAUGGACAGGUGAAGGCCAUGGAGCCCAAACCAGAGGAAAGCCCUGCUGGAAAGCCUGAGGAGAUUCCUGACCAUCAGAUCACCAUUGUGCCAGAAGCACCAUCAGACACACAGGAGAGUGUGAUUGUGAGUGAGGAGACGGGGGAAGAGGAGAAAGUAGAGGAUGGACCUCCACAAGUAUUCCUGAAGGAAAGAGGAGAAGUAGAGGAGAAGAAGACGGAGGAGGAUGUGAAGAAGGAACCAAUCGAAGAGGAGCCAGAGGUGAUUCUCCAGCCUCCCACCAAAUUCACAGAUCCAGGGGACCAGCCUAGGAGUGCUUUAGAGGAGCCUCGCGCCGUAUCGACCGAGGUCAAUGCUAAACCAGAGGAGAUUGAGAAGGAGACGCUCAUUGAGGAGAUGACAGAGGAGGUUAAACCAGAGGCUGAUGGGGUCACAGACAUAAACACAGACACCGACUUGAAUGAAGACACAGACAACACAGAAUCGGACGUCAACACAGACGCAGAGGUAGACGCAGCUGAGGGCUCCACAGAGGUCUCUGCGGACACAGAAGCCCAAAGAGACAAUAAUGUAAUACCGGUGGUGAUUCUUGAGGAGGUGACCUCAGACGAGAGGGAGGAGAAGCCACCAGAUGAGGAAGCUCCAUCCCAGGAUGCUGUUUCGGAGUCAAAGACCGACCAGGAAAGCACUCCUGUUAAGUCGGAGCCAGAUGUGGAGAAGGAUUCUGACUCUGGGAGCAGCUCUGCAGCAGAUAGCAACAGCAUGGACCUCAACCUAUCCAUCUCCAGUUUCCUGUCCAAAAAGGCUGAGGCGGGGUCUGUGUCCAUACAGGACACGAGACGGCAGAAGAAGACUCUGAAGAAGACCCGUAAGUUCAUGGUAGAUGGAGUGGAGGUCAGUGUGACCACGUCAAAGAUAGUCACCGAUAACGACACCAAGAACGAGGAGAUGAGAUUCCUGAGGCGCCAGGAGCUGAGAGAGCUGCGUCUGCUGCAGAAGGAGGAGCAUAGAGCCCAGCAGGCGCUCAGCGACAAGCUGCAGCAGCAGAGAGAACAGAUCUACCGCCGGUUCGAGCAGGAGAUGACUGGUAAGAAGCGUCAGUACGACCAGGAGGUGGAGAAUCUGGAGAAGAAACAGAAGCAGACCAUCGAGCGGCUGGAGCAGGACCAUACCAACCGGCUGAGGGACGAGGCAAAACGCAUCAAGGCCGAGCAGGACAAGGAGCUCUCCAAGUUCCAGAACAUGCUCAAGAACCGCAAGAAGGAGGUGAAACAGGAAGUUGAACAGUCACCCAAAUUCAUGAGGAGAGCGCUCAUGAAACUCUUAAAGGAAGAUCUAUCUCUCAUUCAGACUCCAAAGGGUGUGGCCCAGAUUAUGAUACAGUCUUUUCAGUUGUCCUCAUGUGCUCUCUUCAACGCUCAGAUGCAGGAUGAGCAGGAGUUUCUGCAGAAGCAGCAGCAGGAGUUGGAUGGAGCCCUGAAGAAGAUCAUCCAGCAGCACAAACAUGAGAUCGCCACCAUCGAGAGAGACUGCCUCAACCACAAGCAACAGCUUAUGAGAGCUCGAGAGGCAGCCAUGUGGGAGCUGGAAGAGCGCCACCUGCAGGAGAAGCACCAGCUGCUCAAGCAGCAGCUCAAAGACCAGUACUUCAUGCAGAGACACCAGCUGCUCAAGAGACACGAGAAGGAAAUGGAGCAGAUGCAGCGCUACAACCAGCGUCUGAUUGAGGAGAUGAAGAACAGACAGGCCCAGGAGAGAGGUCGUCUGCCGAAGAUCCAGCGGGGUGAUGCCAAGACACGCAUGGCCAUGUUCAAGAAGAGCCUUCGCAUCACCUCUGCACCUGGCACCCCGGAGCAGGAAAGGGAGAAGAUCAAACAGUUUGCGGCCCAGGAGGAGAAGAGGCAGAAGAACGAGAGACUCCAUCAACAUCAGAAACAUGAGAACCAGAUGAGGGACCUGCAGCUGCAGUGUGACUCCAACAUCAGAGAGCUGCAGCAGCUUCAGAAUGAGAAGUGCCAUCUCCUGAUUGAACACGAGACUCAGAAGCUGAAGGAGCUCGACGAAGAGCACAGCCAGGAGCUGCAGGAGUGGAGGGAGAAACUGCGGCCCAGGAAGAAGGCCUUGGAGGAGGAAUUCACACGCAAGCUCCAGGAGCAGGAGGUCUUUUUCAAGAUGAGCGGGGAGUCGGAAUGCCUUAACCCCACGACCCAGAGCCGAGUGUCCAAGUUCUACCCCAUCCCUAGUGUGCACAACUCUGGUUUAUAGCCCUCCCCAGCACAGGAACAUACUGGCUGGGCUCAUAGACUGUGUCCCCAUGGUGGUGGGGAGGACCUCAGCCCUGUUGUUAUCUGGAAACUAGCGUUGGUCUAUUGUGGAUCUUAGGCUAGUGUGAUGUCUUCACACAAGCAUGCACAUACACUAAUGUUCAAAAGUUUGGGGUCACUUAGAAAUGUCCUUGUUUUUGAAAGAAAAUAUUUUUUAAAAUAUCCAUUAAAAUAACAUCAAAUUGAUC